GGAAUAUUGCCAGAUUUUAAAAUGAUAUAAAAUCCAUCUGAGGCUGGUCACAAAUUCCUAAAAAUAUCGUCGCCAUAUUGGUAUUGUCAAAAAGUUCGGGCUAAAUCAGUGUUGAGAAAAAAUGGUUUUUCCCUCAUUUACCACUGAAUCUUCACUGUUCGUGUGAUCUAUAUUAACAGUGUGUGACUUUAGAUGUUUCGUUUUUCGGAGCAGUUGCGGUGUUUGGUUUGCAAAUGAUGUUUUCCGCCGAGAAAUGUGCGGAGCGGAGCACGGGUACUUCGGAAGGAGCCGAGCUUCUCGCCGGUGUCAACGAAGGCCCGGGGAAGGAAGGAGUGCCCCCUGACGAAGUGGCCUCCGCAGUGGCUUCGGUGUCCCAAGAGAUCGGUGAUAUCCUGAAAGAUGAGCUGGGUGACGCUGAUAGGGCUGAUCGGAUCGGAGCAGAGCUCGAGAACCUGAGUGCUGAGCUCGGGAUGCUCGCGGGGCUGGCAGACCACGAACCUCAGCAGGAUUUCCCGUCACUCUUCGAGAUCGCGAUGGGGAGCCACACCCACAGCCACCGCGUGUCCGGCAGCGGGACAUCGUCGUCCUCCUCGUGGUCGGGCAGCGCGCGGCGCCCGGCGCGCCCGCAGCGGACCAAGCGGCGCCCCAUCGCCAAGGGCAAGGAGAUAUCCCGUCGCCGCAGCGCGGCCGCGCGGCGAGCCGCCUCGCUGCGCGUGCGGCGUGUCGAGGUCGUGUCCGACGCGUCGGACGUCGGCGCCGAGUCGGACGACUCGGAGGGGCAGUGGACCGAGCUCGAGGAUGCCUGUUCAUCUGACUGUUCGUCGUCGAAGCGGGUCGCCGAGGAGGCGGCGUGCAACGGCUACCAGGAGGAACAGGCGGAACCGGAGCCGCCGGCCAUGGGGCAGUUCCUGCUGCCGCUGCUGAGCGCCGAGCCGGCACCGGAGCCCGAGCGGGCGCUGCUCAUCCGCCACGAGGACAUACUGCAGGCUGUCAGGCUGGCACCAUUGCAUCUCCUGACUUCGAACGACGACGUCGUGCCGAACGACGUGCCUCUAGAGGAGGAGGCGCCGAUCGAGCAGACAGACUCGCUGUCCGAGGAGUAUGACUAUGAGGAGCCGCCAGUAACGCCUGAGGAAGAGGCCGCUUUGCUGCAUUACGUCUGCGAAGCGGAGCGGCUAGCAUGUUCUCAAGAGCCGGAACAGUUCACGGCUGUGGAGGAGUGGCUGCUCGGCGUCUACCACGCGUGGUGCGAGAUCAGCGCGCUCAUGUACACGCUCAUUGGGGCCAACAUGAGUGUGGAGAUGGUCCGCGAGGAGUGGGUGUACCGCGCUCGCUUCGGCUGCCACUGCCGCCUGUGCCUGUGCCUCGCCAACAACGCGGAGGCGCUGGCCCGGGUGCUCCGCCCCCUGCUCACGGCGCUCGCGAGAGGGAGCGAGACGAUACCAACGGCGGUGGCUCUCAUGCGUGCUCUGUCGCUCACGUCGGCAGCGGAGCCGUGUCGCUACGCGGCGUGGCAGCUGUCGCGGCUCAAGCGACACGCCGUGCACGAGACAGGUCUGGCCAUAAUACAUGAGCACCUGCUGCGGCUGGAGGCGGAGAGCGAGCUGACGCGUGACAUCGUCAACAAGGUGUGCCUGUGCCGACCCGUCGAGGAACCGAUGCAGAAAGAAAACGCUAUGGAGAGGUUGUUCAAGAUCUUGGAGAACUUUAAGGCUGCCUCUACAAUCACAUUUAAGGUGGACAUAGUGCCGCCAGCGGAGUCCGGCGCGGGCUGCGCGUGGGCGGGCAUGUGGCGCGCGCGCCUCGCGCGGUACCUCGCGCCCUUCCAGCGGUGCUCCACCGCGGCCCGCCUGCGCGACAUGAUGUCGCGGCCCGCCACCCGCGACCUGAGCGCGUGGUCGGGGUACCAGCACCGCUGCGACUGCCUGACGCCGCGGACCGUGUGCGCGCAACAACGAAAACUGCUCUUGAGGAUCUCGUUCUUCGGCAUGAUGCAGGCGGUGAACGAGUUCAACAGCAGCAAAGAGCACGCGACGCCCAUAGAGCCCGCGGGGGAGGGGCUGCAGCAGGGGGACGGCACGGGGGCCAAGCCUCCAGACACGGAGGGGCAACCGGCGACGAAAGGCGAGGGAGCGAGAGAGCAGGAUGAGCAGGACAGCGACAAGUCCACCGGCGACUUGGACGACCUGUCGGAGUCUGAUGGCGGUUCGGGCUCCCUCGGCCUCUCCAGUUCAUCGUUAGACUCGGCCUCGGAGCUGCUGCUGGCGGCCGCGGCGGCCGUGGAGUCCGGCUCGGAGGACGCGGCGCCCGGCUCGCUGUGCCGCACCGUGCGCCAUCUCAUGCGCUCCAUCGCGUCUAUAGAGAGCUCGCUGGACUCGGCCUCGGAGCAGCUGCUGGCGGCCGUGGAGUCCGGCUCGGAGGACGCGGCGCCCGGCUCGCUGUGCCGCACCGUGCGCCAUCUCAUGCGCUCCAUCGCGUCUAUAGAGAGCUCGCUGGACUCGGCCUCGGAGCAGCUGCUGGCGGCCGUGGAGUCCGGCUCGGAGGACGCGGCGCCCGGCUCGCUGUGCCGCACCGUGCGCCAUCUCAUGCGCUCCAUCGCGUCUAUAGAGAGCUCGCUGGACUCGGCCUCGGAGCUGCCGCUGGCGGCCGCGGCCGCCGUGGAGUCCGGCUCGGAGGACGCGGCGCCCGGCUCGCUGUGCCGCACCGUGCGGCAUUUCAUGCGCUCCAUCGCGUCUAUAGAGAGGUUGAUGGACAGGGUGCUCCAGCAUUGCGACGAGUGGCCGGUCGCGCAGCACUGCCGCCGCGGGGACGAGCCGCCCGACGACGGCAAUGCUAGGUUGAUGGACAGGGUGCUCCAGCAUUGCGACGAGUGGCCGGUCGCGCAGCACUGCCGCCGCGGGGACGAGCCGCCCGACGACGGCAAUGCUAGGAAAAAGGUGGACAUGGGCUUAUCAGAGGUGGACCGGAAGUUGAUGGCGAUGUACCGACGGCUACCGGAAGUCCAUCGUCGGCAGCUGCAGGUCUACCGGAAGCAGAAGAAACUGUCCACGGUGUGCAUGCAGCUGGUGGGCGGCCGCGCGCCCGCCCCGCCGCCGCCCGGCUCCCCGCCGCCCGCGCCGCCGCACGCCGCCUGCCGCGCGCUCUGCCCCGAGUACCACCUGCAGCGGUUCAAGGAGGUCAGACGCAAAGUGAUGCACAUGAGGGACCAGCAACUCUACUACCACAGGCUUAGAAUGUGGCUAGAGGAACAGCUGCGGAACGAGCGCGAGAGAGAACGGGACAGUAUGCCGGAAAGCAACGUGACCCUAGUGGACGACAUACCCCGCCGCAAACGUCGAAGCAGCAGCCCCAAACAACGUUUAGGCGCCGCGCCUAAACGGAAACUGGCUCCCCCUUCCCGCCCACACCGCAUCCUGCAAAUGCUCAAACACAAGGCUCCCGCGCAACUACUCAAACUCAAAGACGAUGAUAACCCGGAGGUCGAACCGCCGGAAGCGUUCCCUUUAGAGAAGGAGGACAACGUAAGCGACACCGAGACGAUAGUAGGCGAGAAAGAGACGGAGCUAUGCAAAGAAAUGAAAGAGUGCCUCGUGAAGUUCGCCAGCUUCGCCCUGAACAGCCUCGACAAGGGUUUGCAGGAACAUGAGCAGGAGUCGGUCAGCCCGCCGUUACAGGAAAUGUCUCCAACAACCUCCGAGCCGAUGCCCGUGUACACUCCCAAACCGAGCCAGAGGUUACUCCAGGUCAACAAGUUCCUCCCCCGCGACGACACCCUUGACUUCCAGUCGCAGAUCGCACCGGAAGUCCUAAACAUACCCCUAAACGCAAGGCGGACCCCAGUCUUAGUUGAGGAGGAAGAAAAAUGCAUCAAAGUCGACGAAAAAGACCCCAACGUCUACAAAUAUGUUACCUUCGGUCUAGAAAUCAAAAAAGCUAUGGAGGAAUGCCAGAAUAUCAUCAAUUCUUACAACAGUAUUAAUAAAGAAGAGGGGAAAGAGGAGCAAGACGGACCGCUUUCUUUAGAACAAAUAUGCGAAGUCAUGAUGAGUUUGGACAAGAAUUCAGCUGAGUUCCUAGAGAAAAUGGACUCGGAUGAACCUAUAGAUAUUAACACGGCUAACACGAAACUAGUGGAACUAGUAGAAAACAUGCCGCAAAUACUAGCCAACAUGCCCGAGAUAGCGUCCAAACUUUCCGAAUUCGCUAACGCCUCCUUCGAACUCCCCGAAUUCGCUUCGAUCAUGAACAGUCUCCCCGAAGUUAAUAACGAAGCCCAACUAACCCCAGAAACGUUAAGACAGAUAAGAGAACUAAAGUUAAAUAAGAAUAAGGAUAGCGUUAAAGUAACUAAAAACACUGCCAAACGUAAAACAAAGAAAAUUAAGAGUAAUGUAGAGCACGACGAUAUCAUAGGCACUAUGACUCUAGAAUUCGAUAGCCAGGACAUAACGGAGCUUCUAAAAGACGAAAAAGACUUACAAGCUAUAAUGAAAAAUAAGAAUAAUAAGGAAGAUUUGAAAAUCUCAGAUUUACUCUUCUCUAUAUCAGCUCAAGUAGUUAUUAACAAAGUGUUCGAAUAUUUAAAACAAAACAAAAGUCCUGAGCUAGCAAAGUGUCUUGAAGACGAUAUAAAUAAGGACAUAUUUAAUACGCAAAAGAAUAGCAUCAAUUCUGAAAUGUAUUCGAAAGCGUCGACGUUAUUUGACAAUUUUGUAAAAGACGCCCUGAGCAUGGACCAGUUAAGAGAGCUAGUGAAGGAUAGAUUUAACUCCAUGAAGCACUAUGUAGCCACGAAAUUCAAAGGUAUACCAGUAGAGUUACUAGAAAACGAGAUAGAAGCCAUGCUCGAGAAAUUUUAUACUUAUAUACAAGAUUUAGCUGGAAAACAGAACGCCAGCGAUAGUGAUAAGAUUAUAGAAAAGAUAGAGGAGUUAAAUAAAAACUCGCAGUCCGAAAGCGAUAGCGAAAGCUGCCCGGCCUCUAAGGAAUCAUUAAAACAAAUUUCGAAACUUCUAAGCACCUCUGCGGGAAACACUUUUGACCUACUAAUAAUGAAACUAUCUAAAAUGUCUCAAGACAAAAAGACUUCAGUGAAAAGUCUGAAAUUUAAAUAUAUAGAUGUUAUAAAGAGGUGCGCGGAUUCUGUCCAACUAACAGGGUGGAUUCUACUCAAUCCGGAGAUAGCUAGUAAUGUUAUAGAAGAAUUGACAGGAAUACCAAGUAAGAAUACGGAAAACGUGCCAGAUUUUCUUACCAUGGCUGACGAAGAAAAGAAAGAAUACUUCUUAGAGCGUUUAAAAGAUAUGAAUAAGUCGUACAUGGACACUUUACCUAAGGAUGUGCUCUCAGGCGACGAAUGGCUAGUUAUGCUAUAUAGAUUAGAAAAACUAGAAGGUAAGAUUAAGGAAUCUUUUACUAAAUUAACUUUACCUAAAAGCCCGGCUGUACAGGCGAGCGAAGCUGAAAUAUUAGCCGCCAAAGGCUUAAGCAAAAUCAUAGGUAAGGCCAACGCGAGGGUAGUGAAAAAACCGGAGCUUAAAAUUAAAAAGGAAGAGAAAAUCGAAUCGAAAGAGACAGAAGAAGAAAAGAAAUCUAAAAACGAAGCGUUGUUAGCGAAAUGCGAAGCGAUAUUAACGUCUAAAGGAGAGAAAUCAUUGCUAGACAGUUUUUAUACUAUUAAAUCAUAUAUCACCCAAGGGUUACCAGUACCGGAAUCAUAUAAGAAGCAUGUAAUCUCUAUAUGCUCGAGCAUAGAUGCGAAAUUACUAGACGACGAUAUACAGGAGACUUUGAAACUUGACGAGGAAUCUGAAGAUAAAGAUAAGGAUAAGACGAAUCUAUCUGUAAUAGGCUCUCAAAACCCUGAGCUGCUAGCGAAAUAUUCCGCUCAGGCUUUAAGAAACGCUAAACAAACAUUAAACGCUGUAGCGUUUAGAAAUAUGAUGCGAAACGGCCAGACGAAAUCAGAGUCAGACGCUUGUGAUACUCCGAAAACUGAUUGCAAAUGGACGAACGAUUGUAUCUGUAACUCGUGCAAAGACAACGAUAAUGUGUGUUUAGGGGACAUUGUGAAACAGUGUUACGAUGAUGGCAAGAGUAAGACGGGGCUAGAAGAGAAGAAGAAGGAGGUUAAAGUGGCUAAGCCGGCGGUGAAGCCGGUGGCCAAGCCGAAGGUGUGUGAGAACGCCUCCCAUCAGCAGCAUGUCUGUAAAGUCGGUCACUCGAACGGCACGAACGCGUGCGCGGGCGACGGCGCGGCCGACCAGCCCUGCAGCUGCUGCUACUGCACCGUGUUCGGACACGCGCCGCCACUCACGACGCCGGUGCCGCGCAACUUCAACGAGACGAGGGAGCGUCUGCGCUCCAUACUCAAUAAGAAGAAGCAGAAAUGCAGGACGGCUAACGGUUCGGCGUCGCCAGUGGCAGUAAAGCCAGUGCCAGCUAAACCGGUGGCAGCCAAGCCGGUGCCAGCUAAGCCAGUGGCAGUCAAGCCGGUAGCAGCGAAACCGGUGGCAUUGCCCGAGGCACCCAAGCCGGUGCCCGCGCCGCCCACUCCAAAGCCGCCAUUCGUGUUCCAGGCGCUCCCCAAAACCCUCCCCCCGGCGGGCCCGCCGCUCACCGCCGCGCAGACGCACGCGCAGCUCAAGCGGCAGGGCGAGCGCCAGCCCGACAAGAUGGCCGCCGUGCUCGACAAGAUGGCCGACAUGAGCGUCAGCGACGACAAACCUAAAGCAUUACAACGCACGGUGCCGGUUCAGGUGAACGUGCCGCCCGCCUUGAAGGCCGAGGGAAAAGUCAAUCCCAACGCCAUGGAACAGAUUCGAUUACAGCAACUAAAACAACAACAACAGGCCGCGUUCCAGCAGCGACCGGUCCCUCAACCCGCGCCCGCCCAACAGAAACCGGAGCCCAUCUACGACCUGCCCAUACACAACAAGCCCACCCUCACACCGCAGCAGCAACAGCAGAUACAGAGGCAGCAACAGUUGCAGCAACAGGUACUCAGCGACCGGUCCCUCAACCCGCGCCCGCCCAACAGAAGCCGGAGCCCAUCUACGACCUGCCCAUACACAACAAGCCCACGCUCACACCGCAGCAGCAACAGCAGAUACAGCGGCAGCAACAGGUACUGUAACGUGCCAGCAGCGACCGGUCCCUCAACCCGCGCCGGCACAGCAGAAGCCGGAGCCCAUCUACGACCUGCCCAUACACAACAAGCCCACCCUCACACCGCAGCAGCAACAGCAGAUACAGCGGCAGCAACAGGUACUGUAACGUGCCAGCAGCGACCGGUCCCUCAACCCGCGCCGGCACAGCAGAAGCCGGAGCCCAUCUACGACCUGCCCAUACACAACAAGCCCACCCUCACACCGCAGCAGCAACAGCAGAUACAGAGGCAGCAACAGUUGCAGCAACAGCGACCGGUCCCUCAACCCGCGCCGGCACAGCAGAAGCCGGAGCCCAUCUACGACCUGCCCAUACACAACAAGCCCACGCUCACACCGCAGCAGCAACAGCAGAUACAGCGGCAGCAACAGAAGCCGGAGCCCAUCUACGACCUGCCCAUACACAACAAGCCCACGCUCACACCGCAGCAGCAACAGCAGAUACAGCGGCAGCAACAGUUGCAGCAACAGUUACAACAGCAGCGUCAGAGCAGGCCGGCGGCACAACAGGUGUCUCUCUCUAGCAGGGAUACCAGCGUGUUUUCCACGUCUAGCGGGUGCUCUGGGAUGACGUCGCACAGCGGCGGCGGGUGCUGGCGCGGCGCGCAGCAAGAUCCUCGCGAUUUAGACGCACUUCUGCAGUAUAUAGAGGGGCCGGCGCGGCACGUGGACCGCGGGAAGAAGCGCGCCAAGAAACAGCGGCAGAAGGGCAAGCGGAUGGAGGUCCGGCUGGUGGAAGAACAUACGCAGCUGGCUACGCAGCUGAACCGCAUGCGGCUAGAGUUACGAGCGAUGCAGGCGCGACACAUGGUGACCGCGCGGCAGGCCGAGGAGGCCAAGGCCCAGCUCAAGCAGACGCAGGCCAAGAAGAAAGGGAAGAAACAGAAAAUGAAUCCGGCGCAGCAAGCCAAAACGCAGUUGAUAGCUGAACAACUAGGGGAGCUCAAUACUCUACUGAAUGCGACCGCUAAGGAGGUGGCGGAGGCGGAACGCCAGGUGUCGCAGUUCGCGGCGCGCUUCGAGGAGUGCGAGCGACAACUAGCACUAGCGCGCGCGCUGCAGGGCGACCGCCCGCCCGCCGCCACCCCCGCCACCCCCGCCGCCGUCACCACCCAGCAGGUGCACCGACACUUGGAAGCGGCGAUGCUGCACAAGCAGCAACUGCAGCAGCAACACCAGCAGCUCCAGCAGCAGCACCAGCAGCAGCUGCAGCAACAAUUCGCCGCCGCGCACAUGCUGGUCAGCGACAAGAUGGACCGACAGAAACAGAAGGCGUUUAUCAACGCGGCCGGCGUGCGUCGUCCGAUGCCGGACGCCGGUCUGCAGCUACAUAACGCCGUCCGGCACAUCACCGGUAACCGAACAACCCUAGUACCGCCGCCGCCGCCGCCGCCGGCCUCGCCGCCGCGCAAGCAGACCUGGGAGCAGGCGCUCGCGCACAUCAACCAGCUCGCCAAGGGCUCCAACAAAGAGAAGAAGAAACCAAAAGAAGUUGAAAAGCCGAAACCAGUGGAGGUGAAACAGAAGGAGCAGCAGCGGUCUCACUCGCUCCCGGACAGCCAGCCGCUCUCCAAGAAACAGAGGAAACUGCUCGCCAAGCAACAGGCUGAAGAAGAGGAGCGAAAGAGACAGCAGCAGCUCCAGAAGCAAGAAGCGAAGAGUAAAAAGGACAAAGAUAAGAAACCUGAGCCGGCCAAAGCUGAACCCAAGAAGGCAGACAAGAAGGACACCAAGAAACAGGAGCCAGUCAAGAAAGAGGAUAAAAAAGAUAAGAAGAAGGAGAAAGGGAAGGAGAAUAAACAGGAGAAGGCUGCACCACAACCGGCACCUACCGCAAAACAGACGAAACAGAGCAAGAAAGAGAAGAAGGAACAGAGAGCGCAGGUCAUCAACAUCACGGCCGACACCACCAUCGAAGUGGUCAGCAAAAAGGGCUCGUGCGGCGUGGAGUCGGAGGCGCCGGCGGCGUGCAGCAUCAUGGAACAGCUCAGCUGCGGCGUGCAGGUAUCUGAUUUACGGCUACCACCCGGUAUUACGUUAACGAGGGUACAACCUAAUGAGAAGAAGGAACCAGCUCCCAUCAAGUCUGUGCCGCUGUGGAAGGCGCACGCGCUGGGCGCGGCGCCGACGCCGGUGGCGCGGCCGGCGCCCGUCAUCAGCGCCGACCCCGCCGCCAUGAUGUUCUCCACCCAGCACCCAGAACAACCAAAAACAAUAAUAAUACCAGAGCCGGCACCACAACCGGGGCGCUCCAAAAAGGCGAAGAAGAAGGCCAAGAAGGCCGCCGCAGCCGCCGCCGAGGCCGAGCCCAAGGUCGACGGCACCAAGAUGGUCACCCUCCGCAACCCCAUGUUCCACCCCAACAUGCCGACCGCCGCCAACCCCGUGAAGAAACCAGAGAUUAGGAUCCCCGACCCCAUCCCGAUGCCGCCCAACGCUUGCCAGGCAACCAUCACCCCUACAUCCAACGGGAUGUACACCAUCAGAAACCCAUUAAUGUCCAUGAUGCACCAGCAGAGCCUCAUGGGCCAACAAGCCAUGCCGAUGUACGGACAACAGUAUAACUAUGUAAAUCCUAACACUUAUACACCGGUGCAAACAGUACCCAAUCCACAAGCGUACGUUCUAGAUCCAUCUAGAAAUUCACCGAAGCCAGAUGAAUUCCAGAACAGAAUUAUGAACUUAGCGUCGUUCACGCAGAAGAACGAUGAAGGUUAUUCGCUAUUCAAAACUAACGAAGACAACCAGCAGAAGAACUUCCUAGCACCGGAGUAUUAUCUUGAAAAUCCAAGCCCUAAGCCGGUCGUAUCACCAAAUCCUAUAGGAACUAGACCGAACAACGACUCUGCCCGAUCAUUCGACUCGAACGAUUCAUCAUUAUUCACAAAUACUGUGCGACCAGAGCCUAUAGGCACCCCUCUAAAGCAAGAGAACGACUAUUCAGGACUGUAUACCCCGUUCGGUCAAGAAGACCGUAACGUGUUCAGAAACGCGUUAUUCAAUGAUAAUAACGUGCCGAGUUACGGCAGUUACGACGAUGUGACGAAUCAAAUGGUGAACGGGGACCCGCUGCCGUACUUCCAGAGGCUGAGGGUCGGGUCCAAGCUGAAUAACGAAGUAACGAUACAUCAUGUUACGGAGUCCAAGUUUUAUAAGGGACAGGACGGAUGCGGCGCCGAGGUGCGCGAUGAGUCGCUGUUCUCGCGGCCCGCGUGGCCCAGCGUCUACCCCAGACCACAGCCCGUGGGCGUGUCGUCGCCGAGCUCGCUGUCGGGGUCGGGCGGCGGCGCGGGGUCGGGGGGCUCCGGGGGCUCGGGGGGCUCCGGGGGCUCCGGGGGCUCCGGG